AUGUCUGCUAUCCUUUCCUUUUUCGGUGUAGUACACAACCGAGGUAGUCCAAUUGAGAAACAUUCAACGUCAAGAAUCUGGGUGUGCAUAUUCCAUUCUGAAGGUAAUGUGGUCCCGUUCAUCAACCUCGUCAAUUACUUAUGUAAGCAGCAGAACUAUCACUUUCACAUAUCAACGGAGAUCGAGAAAACGGAGAAGACCACCAAGCCACCCAGCCACCCUGAUUCUUGCAUCCGUCCCUACCUCUACUCUGUCAUGCUUUUGCUGCCGGUCGCUAGAGGUACCCACUGGAUUACCACUGCAACUGGACUACCAUCCCCGGGUCUUGAUCGUAAUGCCCAGGUUAUCGUUACUCUAAGGAGGCCGGCGCCAGCUGAAAGGACCUAUGACCGGCCGUCACGAGCUGUAACAGCCUGUCACUGGGCGUCUCAGAACCGAACCAACCCCCCCCCCCCCCCCAAGUAUAACGAUUUUGGUGCAACUCGCCUCCAAAAAUCUAAUCGAAAUCAUAAUACGAAGUAUCAAACUGAAAACUUCAUAUGUUGA